CAAUUACACUUCAUUCUCCUUUGGACCCAAAUCCCCACCCACUCCACCCUCACCAUCGCCGCACCACCACCACCACCACCACCACAAUGGUCGACACCACCGCCGUAGGAACCGCCUCUCUCCCCUCCGGUCCAGACGGCAAAAAACGCCGCGUCUCCUACUUCUACGAACCCUCAAUCGGCGACUACUACUACGGGCAAGGCCACCCAAUGAAACCCCACCGCAUCCGCAUGGCCCACAACCUCAUCGUCCACUACUCUCUCCACCGUCGCAUGGAGAUCGUCCGCCCCUUCCCCGCCGGCCCAGAAGACAUCCGGAGGUUCCACUCCGAUGAUUACGUCGACUUUCUUGCGUCGGUUACUCCGGACACUGUUCAGGAUCACACACAUACGAGGCAUCUGAAACGGUUUAAUGUGGGCGAAGAUUGCCCGGUUUUUGAUGGGAUUUUUGAGUUUUGUCAGGCCUCGGCUGGUGGCUCCAUCGGUGCUGCUGUUAAGUUGAAUAGACAGGAUGCUGAUAUCGCUGUGAAUUGGGCGGGUGGGUUGCAUCAUGCGAAGAAGAGUGAGGCGUCUGGGUUUUGUUAUGUUAAUGAUAUUGUGUUGGGGAUUCUUGAGCUUUUGAAGGUUCACAGGCGUGUAUUAUACGUAGAUAUCGACAUUCACCACGGAGACGGGGUCGAAGAAGCUUUCUUCACCACCGACAGGGUGAUGACUGUUUCUUUCCACAAGUUCGGGGACUUUUUCCCCGGUACGGGUCACAUCAAAGACAUCGGUGCAAAUCAGGGCAAAUACUACGCUUUAAACGUCCCAUUAAAUGACGGGAUGGACGACGAUAGCUUCCGUGGUCUGUUCAGACCAAUCGUUCACAAAGUUAUGGAAGUUUAUCAGCCUGACGCUGUCGUUCUUCAAUGCGGGGCCGAUUCAUUGGCCGGUGAUAGACUCGGGUGCUUCAAUUUGUCUGUUAAAGGUCAUGCGGAUUGUCUUAGGUAUCUUCGGUCGUUCAAUGUUCCGCUCAUGGUGUUAGGUGGUGGCGGUUAUACAAUCCGCAAUGUGGCCCGUUGUUGGUGUUAUGAGACAGCAGUUGCGGUUGGGGUUGAACCUGAAAAUAAACUGCCGUACAAUGAGUAUUACGAGUAUUUUGGACCGGAUUACACUCUUCAUGUUGAACCGAGUCCCCUUGACAACCAAAAUACACCGAAAGAUUUGGAGAAAAUUAGGAACAUGCUGCUGGAGCAACUGUCUAGGUUACCGCAUUCUCCUAGUGUGCCAUUUCAGAUAACGCCACCUGUCACCGAAGUCCCUGAAGAGGUAGAGGAGCCAAUGGAGAAACGCCCAAAACCUCGCAUAUGGAGUGGCCAAGAGUAUGAUUCUGAUGUCGAUGAAGAUGAGAAGCCCCGACGUCAAAGCUUCAAUGCAAAUAAUAACAGUACAAGGGAUUAUGCAACUUAAAGGAUGAAGAAGAUAUGAUUGAAGGGGGUGACCGCCCAUGAGUGGCACUUCGAUCUUUUGUGCUACAAAAAUCUAUGAAGUUGUUGCAUUUCUUUGAAUUAAAACAGCUUAGAAGAGUAAUGCCCAAAGUUGUAACUCUUGUAAAUCUUUGGUUUAAUUGUCUGAGAAUGCUUACAUGGAUGAAUUACAACUUUUAGACUGGUUUUAGUUCUUGAAAUGUUCGUUUUACGUUUUUAUCUAA